AUGCUGUGGGACCGCGUGAGACGGCUGUCGGUGGAGCUGGACGGGGCGGCGGAGGCGGGGGGGCCGGCCUUCAGCUCGGGCGAGCGGGUGGCGGGGCGGGUGGUGGUGGAGCUGGCGGCGGAGGCGCGCCUGGGGGCCCUGCACCUCCACGCCCGCGGCUGCGCCCACGUCCACUGGACCGAGUCCCGCUCGGCCGGCUCCAGCACCGCCUACACCCAGAGCUACGGCGACCGCCUCGACUUCCUCGCCCACCGCCAGCAGCUCCUGCCCGACGGCCCCCCGACGCCAGGCAGCGGCCAGCAAGGGACGGUCCUGCCCGCCGGACGCCACGAGUUCCCCUUCGCCUUCACGCUGCCCGAGCGCCUGGCCACCUCCUUCGAGGGCAAGCACGGCAGCGUCCGCUACUGGGUGAAGGCCAAGCUCCGCCGGCCCUGGGCCCCCGCCCGCCGCGCCAAGCAGGAGUUCACGGUCCUCGAACCCCUCGACAUCAACACCCCCGCCCUGCUGGCUCCUCAGGCCGGCGCCAAAGAGAAGGUGGUGCGCACCUGGUACGGCAGCCAGGGACAGGUGUCCGUCUCCGCCAAGAUCGACCGCAAGGGCUACACGCCAGGUGAGGUCAUCCCCAUUUUUGCCGAAAUUGAGAACGGCUCCACCCGCUCGGUGGUCCCCAAGGCAGCCAUUAUCCAGACACAGACGUUUCUGGCCCGGGGCACCAAGAAGCAGAAGAAGUCGGUUGUGGCCAGCAUUGUGGGAGACUCCGUCGCAGCCCACAAGCGGGAUGUGUGGCACGGGCGAGCGCUCAAGAUCCCCCCCGUGGGGCCCUCCAUCCUGCAGUGCCGCAUCCUCCACGUGGAGUACUCCCUCAAGGUCUGUGUCGACAUUCCAGGGACUUCUAAGCUCUUCCUGGAGCUGCCGCUGGUGAUCGGGACGAUCCCGCUGCAUCCGUUCGGCAGCCGCACAUCCAGCGUCAGCAGCCAGUACAGCGUCCAUCUCGACUGGCUUCAGAUGGGAAUCCCUGAACUGCCUGAGGCUCCACCAGACUACUCCUCUGUGGUGACCGGUGAAGAAGAACCCCUGGAGACUCUGUCCCCUCCGCACCAGGGUGAGGCCCCCAGCAGCUUGGAAGGCCCCUUCUUUGCCUACAUCCAGGAAUUCCGCUACCGCCCGCCCCCCCUGUACUCAGAGGUGGACCCCAAUCCAAUCCGCCCGCGCUGCAUGACGUGCUGAAGGAAGCCUUGUCGGUCUCGAGAUCGUGGCUUGGAGCGGAAAUCCCUUUUGUGGAGGGUGGCGAAGAAGGCGUUGCCCCUUCUGGGACUGCUGCUCUGCUCGGAGUACCCAGGGUCGAGCGCUCCACUGAAGAGCUGGUUGACGUCCGUCUGGACUUGACUGGUGAUGAAGGAAGGAGAGGGCUCUUCCUUUGCCCAUGAAUAGUGGCUGCUCAAGAUUGCGCGCACAUUGGUCUGAAGCCACAAAGGCGUCCUCCCGGUUGUUGCGAGCGGGCCGGGGUGGUGUUUAUCCUUGGCCUGUGGAGCAAAUCCCCCCCCCUGCAGAGAGGAAUCCCACACGUGCCUUGAAGAGGGAAGCUGCUCCAGUGCCUUCUGAAGGAAGUUUCACUACCAGGACAGAGCGACCACCACGGCACUGCUGGCUGUAGUUUGGGUGGCCCCCUGUUUUCAAGACUGGCUGACUUGCAGCACCCACAGGGUUGGGGGUUCAUGUGCAUUUCUGGGGAAGCGGCUCCACCAUCAUUUGGAGGGGGGUGGAGUUUGUGUUUCUGGACCUGUGGGGGGGGGGGCUGUGGUGGUGGUUGGUUACUGCGCUAACCAGCGGGUGGAAGCCAAGGGGGCUGCACCUUCCCAGAUCUGCCGCUGCCUUUUGCGCAUGCAUGACUCUCUCUCUGAGGCGGAGAGACGAAUCUUCUUUGGAAAGGGUGCAUCCCAACGGCAGGCCUUUCUGGGACGGUGUCCUUGAAUGGCGUUCCUCAAAAGCUCAACACGGAAUCUAGCAGGGCUUUUUGGUGGUGGUUGUUUUGAAAAGGCAGAAGUGAGCCAUUUGCAUGGGAAGUUCCUUGCAUGUGCCUUUUGAAGGAAAGAGGAAGACUGUUCUCCAAAUUUGCCGGGGGUGGGGGUGGUGGGCGGGAGACGGCACGCUCAAAGAUGCAUUCCACGAACAAAAAAAAAACCUUUCCAUUUCCCCACUGGCAUUAUUUUGUACCUCUUUUCUGACAUGCUCCAGUUUUGAUGCACUUUUAAAAAUUGUAUAUUUUCAUAUUCUUGUUUUGUAGCUUUCUAAAACUUGUUUGAGGAAACAAAGGGGUUUUUUGAGUGUAUGUAUAUAUAUAUAGGAGGAUUUCUGGUUUUCUACAAAGAAUGACAAUAAACUCAUGAAACUUU